UUGAGUUCUUAUCAGCCAUUUGUUAGUGAAAAUAAGUGUGCGGAAUGGCAGAGGAGUGUUUUAAAGACCACGAUCCUUUCAAAUGUUCGAUAUGUCUGGACCCACUCCAGGACCCAGCUACGAUACCAUGUGGACACAACUACUGCAUUGACUGCAUUAAAGACUACUGGGAUAGACAUGGCAGCAAGGAGGCAGGUUAUAUUUGCCCUCAGUGCAGAGAGACCUUCAUUGCUAGACCUGUUCUCAACAAGAACGGCAUGUUUGCAGAGGUGGUGGAGAGGUUUAAAAAGACAGGGCUUCAGGAUUCUUCACCAACGCAUGUUGAUGGACGUGUACAUAUGGAGCGUGAAAUCCAUUCUUCACAAACACUCAAGACUCAGAAGCUCUGUCUUGAAUGUGAGGAUGCAUGCUGCAAGACAUACCCAAGCCAUCUUAACAAUGACUGUCCCAGAGAGAAACAUACAGUAAUUAUUGUUGGCAGGGAACCUCAAAGCAAUAUUUGCUCUUGGCACAACAGACUGUUAAGAGUUUACAGUCGGACAAACCAACAAUUUCUUUGUACACGGUGUCUUGAAGAAAUCCACCAAGGACAUGAAGCAUUUUCAAAGGCAUCUGAAAAGACGGAAACCUUACAAUGCAGGAUACCUCUAGAGAAAAAGAGACACAUGAGCAUAGCCAAAACAAAUGGGCAUGGUAAGAGAAAAUCCAAGAAGAGCAUACAUGGUAGUGGGCAUAGAAAAGAGCACAGCAACAGGCAUGUCCAGGGAUCACAUGCUAAAAGUGGACAUGAAACAGACCAGCAGAAAAGCAGUGGACAUAGAAUGAAUUCACAUGGGCACAGUCAUGGUGCUGGACACAAAAAGAGCAGACGUGGGAGCCAUGGCCAUGGAGAUUGGAACACGGGUCAUGGUCAUGGCAUGCACUGGCACUAG